CUGGGUGUUCCCUCGAGGUUUAGCAUUUGGGUGGUGGAUAAAUUGCUUUACAUAAAUCCAUCUCCAGGCCCUGUGUGGUACAGGAAGGCUCUGUGUGUGUAGCUUCUUUUGUUGUGCUUUCAGUUGACUGACCUUGUAAAAUACACCCUGUGCUGCCUUUGGUCUUCUGUUUGCUGAAGAUAGGAACAAGUCAUCACAAUGCCGGCACUGCCUCUGGAUGAGCUCCAGCUGACAGAAAAGGAUCCCAAAACAGGGAAGAUGAGAACUUUACCAGCACUGCACCCAGAAAUAAAAGCAGAUCGGUCUUUUGUGCUAUACAGACCGCCACCCCUCGCCAGAGACCCUGCUUUAGUGGAAGAGUUCUUGGAGAGAGCCAAAUUCAUUGCAGAUGACCUGAACUGGCUUCUGGCUUUGCCUCAUGACAAAUUUUGGUGCCAGGUGAUUUUUGAUGAGACACUUCACAAGUGUCUGGAUUCCUACUUGCGCUUUGCCCCUCGCAAGUUUGAUGGGGAGCUGGAUUGUCACCCCGAGGUGAGCGACAUGCAGAGGGGCCUUCACCGGAGUGUCUUCCUAACCUUCCUCAGGAUGUCCACUCACAAGGAGUCCAAGGAUCAUUUCAUCACCCCUUCUGUCUUUGGAGAAAUUAUUUACAAUAACUUCCUGUUCGACAUCCCGAAGAUCUUGGAUCUCUGUGUGCUUUUUGGGAAGGGAAAUGGUGUCCUGCUCCAGAAGAUGAUCGGAAAUAUAUUCACCCAACAACCAAGUUACUUCAGUGACCUAGACGAAACUCUGCCCACUGUCCUCCAGGUGUUCAACAAUAUUUUGCAGCAGUGUGGUUUGCAGUGUGAAGGAGCCUCUGCUGAGCCCCAGAAAUUGGAAGAAAAAGUAAAUGUGACUCCAGGAAACAUGCCUCUCCAGGAGCUGAAGGACAUUGUGCUGUACUUAUGCGACACCUGCACGACGCUCUGGGCGUUCCUUGAUAUCUUCCCAUUGGCCUGCCAGACCUUCCAGAAACAUGAGUUUUGUUACAGAUUAGCUUCGUUUUAUGAACUGGCAGUUCCUGAGCUGGAAGCUGCAAUCAAGAAGAGGCACUAUGAGGACAACAGUGUCUUUGCUGAUUUGUGGAGGAGAAUUUCACAUUCCAGAAAGAAGAUGAUAGAAGCUUUUCAUAUCCUAAUAAACCAAGCCUGUCUGCAGCCCAUCUUAGAAAGCAGCUGUGAGAACAUUCAGCCUUUUAUUGAGGAAUUCCUCCAGAUCUUCACUUCAGUGCUUCAGGAAAGGAGAUUUCUCCGUGAUUAUGAUAAGCUGUUUCCUGUUGAGGAUGAUGUCAGCCUGCUUCAGCAAGCAUCCUCCACGCUAGAUGAGACCAGGACAGCCUAUAUCCUCCAAGCAGUGGAAAGUGCAUGGGAAGGGGUAGACAGGAAAAAAGAAGUCAUUAAAGAUUCAACACCAGCAGCAGCAUCUAAUGGAGCAUCAGCAAUACUGGAUAGAACUGUUGAAGACAUGGAAGGUCUCAGGGCUGGAUAUGUGUCAGAGGAUGAGUGUGCCGGUGCAGCGGCUGCGCCCAUCGCCAGGGUCUCAGGAGUGGAGCUGGACUCACUGAUCUCUCAAGUGAAAGACUUGCUGCCAGACCUUGGUGAGGGCUUCAUCCUGGCCUGCCUGGAAGAGUACAGUUACAAUGCAGAGCAAGUCAUCAACAACAUCCUAGAAGAGAAGCUGGAGCCAUACUUGGAUAAGCUGGACCGAACAAUGCAAAGGCAGCUGAAGCCAGACCCGACUCCUCUGGUCACUUCUCGCUAUAAUGUUUUCCAGAAUGAUGAGUUUGAUGUUUUCAGUAGGGAUUCAGUGGAUGUUUCUCGGAUCCAGAAGGGCAAGAGGAGGGAGAAGGACACCACCAGAAGUUUGCUGAAUGACAAGCGCCUGGUUGCUGAGCAGAAGGAGCGCUACAGCCAGUACAGGCUGGUGGUGGAGGAGCUGCCUGUGCAGCAGGGAGAGGCUCAGCUCUACGGGGAGGACUACGAGGACGAGUACGACGACACUUAUGAUGGAAACCAAGUGGGGGCAAAUGAUGCUGACUCAGAUGAUGAGCUCAUCAGUAGGAGGCCGUUCACAAUUCCUCAGGUCUUGAGAACUAAAGGGCAGGAGGAAGGACAGGAGGAAGAGGAAGAGGAUGAAGAGGAGGAGGAGGAGGAAGCUGAAAAGGAAAGAACAAAGGACCAUUUUGUGCAGGACCCAGCAGUACUGCGGGAGCGAGCUGAAGCGCGGCGCCUGGCUUUCCUUGCGAGGAAGGGGUACAAGCACGACAGCUCUGCUGUGGUUGGGAACGUGAAGGGCCACGGGCAGAACCGGGAGACGGUGCAGGAACGGAGGAAGAAGGAAGCGAACAAAAGCACAAGAGCGAACCACAACCGCCGCGCCAUGGCUGACAGGAAGCGCAGUAAAGGCAUGAUCCCCUCCUGAGAGACUCUUCUGCCUGCUGGUGUUGCAUCACCCCCAGCCCUCUGCCUGGGAGGAGGCCAUUGAGCUCCAUUCCCUCAGCGCUGCCUUAGCUCAGGGCUGUCAUCAUCACCUGGCACUUUGGCUCAUGUGGAGCUGCAGGUCCUGUGGGUGCUCACAGGAAGGAGCUGCCUCUGGGCCGGCCCUGACUGCUCUCUGGGUCAGAGUGUGUAUGCCCCUGGGCUGCACCAGCCCUGCCUUUCCUUUUGUACUAUUUAUAAUUCUGAGAACUUUAUUUUCCUACGGGCUCCAUGCACCCUCCCCAGCACCCAGGUGGGUUUCCAGGCCCCUCCAAGAGCCAGGCUUCCCAGGAACAGCCCUCACAGCUUUCUGCUCUGCUGAAAUGCCUUAUCCUGAGGUACAACUGGAAGGCUGGUAGGAAAACACUGGGGCUCUUCCCGUUGUUGGCAGACACAAGAGUUCAGGUGAAUAAGACCUGAUAAAUCUCUGUCCCUCCAGCGAGGUGUGUGAAAACAGAAUGUGCAAAUAAAUGAUUUGGAUCUUUUA